CGCUGACCGGCGCGGGGGCGGCGGCGGCCUCGCCUCCGGAGAGAGCUUCGCGAAUAAGCCUUCCUCCUUCCGGCGCCGCCGCCGCCACAUUCCCGGCCGGGAGGGCUGGUGGCGGCGCCCAGGCCUCCGGGCCGGGUUCCCGCGCUCCCGGGACGCCUGGGCCCCUCGCGCCUCGCCCCCAGGCCCGCGAGGCCCAAGCCGAGCUAAGCCCCCGAGACCGCAGAAGGGCCCGAGGACCCCGACAGCUCGGGCUCCACUGAGGUUACAGGAGGAGCCGAGAACUUCAGGCAAAGCAGAUACUGCAAGGAAAUGUGGAUCAGGCUCAGAAGGAAGAGUCGCUGAAUGGCUGAUGUCUGACAACAUGCACCACCAGUGGCUUCUGUUGGCUGCCUGCUUCUGGGUGAUUUUCAUGUUCAUGGUGGCCAGCAAGUUCAUCACGCUGACCUUCAAAGACCCUGACGCCUAUAGCGCCAAGCAGGAGUUUCUGUUCCUGACUGCCGUGCCUGACACAGGGAGGUCGCCAGGAGAGACACACCUGCCUGAGGAGCUGAAGCCGACGGGGAGGAUGUUGGUUGAGCCCCUGGUCUACACGCAGCGCCUGGAGCUCAUGAGGAACGUCUGCAGGGAGGAUACUCUGAGGAACCUCUCCCACACCGCCAUCUCCAAGUUUGUCCUCGACCGGAUUUUCGUCUGUGACAAGCACAAGAUUCUCUUCUGCCAGACCCCCAAAGUGGGCAACACCCAGUGGAAGAAAGUGCUCAUUGUGCUGAAUGGAGCCUUCCCUUCCAUCGAGGAGAUCCCUGAGAACGUGGUGCACGACCACGAGAAGAACGGCCUCCCACGACUCUCCUCCUUCAGCGAGGCCGAAAUCCAGAAGCGCUUGAAAACAUACUUCAAGUUUUUUAUCGUAAGAGAUCCUUUUGAGAGACUGAUCUCAGCGUUUAAGGAUAAGUUUGUCCACAACCCCCGCUUUGAGCCUUGGUAUAGGCACGAGAUCGCCCCCGGCAUCAUCAGAAAGUACAGGAGGAACCGGACGGAGACCCGGGGCAUCCAGUUUGAGGAUUUCGUGCGCUACCUGGGUGACCCCAACCACAGGUGGCUGGAUCUCCAGUUUGGGGACCACAUUAUCCACUGGGUGACGUACGUGGAGCUGUGUGCACCCUGUGAGAUCACGUACAGCAUUGUCGGGCACCACGAGACCCUGGAGGACGAUGCCCCGUACAUCCUCAGGGAGGCGGGCAUCGACCACCUGGUGUCCUACCCCACCAUCCCGCUGGGCAUCACCGCGUACAACAGAACCAAGGUCGAGCACUACUUCCUGGGCAUCAGCAAACGAGACAUCCGGCGCCUGUAUGCGCGGUUCGAGGGGGACUUCAAGCUCUUUGGGUACCAGAAACCAGAGUUCCUGCUGAACUAACGUGUAGGACCAUGAGUUCAGAUAUCUUCGUUAGACCAGAGGCUAACCAGGUGGAGCUCAGGCACAGAAAUGACACUUCUUCCACCUCCCUCCUCUUGAAGACAGCCACUCCCUGAGGACCGGGGCGCACCUUGCCCAGUGAAGCUGCACCCUGACUGUUAGGACGUAGUCUGCACAUAAGGUACAUGGAGGGUCCUGGCCCCCACCCUCCAGUGCCACCGAGCCUCUGCUCUCCCCAGGGUGGUGGGGAUAGCGUUAAACAUUUGCAGUCAAACAGAGCCGGGGGGAAAUCAGAUGGCCUUGGUCGUCUCCCUCAGUUGUUAGACACCUGCAGGGCAGGGCUGUCCUGUCUGUCCCCAGGGGACAGCAGGCAUGGCACCCAGCACUUUGAAGAGAGGUGGACAAGCCGGUACCCUGCAGACAUCCCAGGGGCCAAGACAGGAUCAGAUCUGAGUGAUAAAGUCACGCUUCUGGCUCUCAUCUUGGCCGCCGCUGUCAUCGCAGAGCCAAACCCCUCUCUCCAUGGCUCUCUAGUUCCCAAGAAGUUCAGGAAUGACCCAGGGGUGUUCCUCAGCCGUUCACCUUUUCAGAAUACAUGCUGUGUGCUCCUCGGCCAGAUUUCCACACUUUUACCUGCCAAGUGAUCAUCAUCUCAUUCAGUCCAAGAGAUCCAGUUUUGGGAAGUGAGGGGAGUGUCCAUUCUUCCCACCUGAGGAAGGGAGCCUCUUUGGGGGCCUUAAAGGGAGCGUGGCCUGGGAAGAGGCAGGGCUGGCUGGGUGCUGGAAUUCAGGCUGCCCUGGUCUUGGGCAUGUCCUUCCCAGUGACUGUCUGCCUCUUGUCUCUGACGGCCGUGCGUGGGUGGGCACAGAGGUCUUCACCCGUCUCCUGGAGGACCAGUCUCUCCUGGGGGCUGAAGGCAGGCAGGGGCAGCAUGCCAGCAUCGCCAGACCAGUGCAGUGUACACAUUUUAGUCUCAGCAAAACAUGUCCCACCAGGCCCACUUCUGAUGAUGCCGUCAUCCUGACCCAAGUUGGAUAAUCAGAUUCACCAGCAAUAAAACCUUGGGUCGAGGCAGCCCACGUAACGCAUCUCCAGGCACUGAGGAGCAGUGGGCCACACUAACCGCUUCAUGUGCCGUCUGACAGUGAGGCCCCUCAAGGUCUGGGACAGUCUCCCUGCAGAAAGUCCCAAGUGUCCAACCAGGCCACACAGGGCUCGGGAGCCCAGCGCUUCCUCCAGGAAGCCCCCGCCGUCCCUUUCUCAGUGUGACUUCCUGAGUUUGUAAAUGUGAAAGUAACACAAAAUAAAAAACACGUGCCAACCUGA